CAAAAUUUCCCGUCGGCGUAUGGACCCACGAUCGACGACGGAAUGACGUAUGGAAGUGGUUUCGGCCCGGUUGCCGGAGGUCCUGGGGCUGGUCCUGGUGGGGGUGGUACGGCAAGUCCUGGCGGAGGAGUCGACGAUCCAACCACCUAUCCACCAGAUUCGCCGUACUUCCCUUUCGGCAGUCGAGCGGCCCAACAGUCUGGACCUGCCGUCGCGAAUACUACGCCAACUGGUAAUGGGCCUCGGAUGUCUGGUGCAGGCGCCAACACCAAGAAGAAAAAGGAUCCGAACCUCGAGGCAGCCGAUGGAGAAGUCGUCACGUCACAACACUGG